AUGAAUGCCAGCGAUCUGGAUAUACGAGUGGCAAGAGGCCAACUGGAGAUACUAAAAGGACCAGAGUAUGAUUUCGGGGCAGCUACCUACAACACAGUCCUCGACUUUAAUGCCACCUUCGAAAAUGUCACUGGCUUGAACGCUACGAGCGGAGAUGCAUGGGACGACUAUAUUAAGUUGCUUCAAGAUCGAGCGCUGCUCGUUAGCUUCUUGCUCUUGUUUUCAAUGACGACAGUAUUCGGCAACAUGCUAGUCAUUCUAGCUGUCGUGCGGGAACGGUACCUACACACUUCCACUAACUACUUUGUGACGUCCCUUGCAGUAGCGGAUUGUCUCGUUGGUUUAGUGGUAAUGCCAUUCUCGGCAAUGUACGAAGUGUUAGAACAUACCUGGUUUUUCGGAGUGGAUUGGUGUGAUGUUUGGCGGUCAUUAGAUGUUUUAUUUAGCACUGCUUCCAUACUUAACUUGUGCGUGAUCUCUCUUGAUCGCUACUGGGCUAUUACUGACCCCAUAACAUAUCCAAUGAAAAUGAGCGGACGGAAAGCCGCUUUCCUGAUUGCGGCCGUAUGGGUAUGUUCCGGGACUAUAUCGUUUCCCGCUAUUGCGUGGUGGCGAGCCGUGCGAUUGGAGGAAGUGCCGGAUUAUAAGUGUCCGUUUACGGAAAACUUAGGAUACAUUAUAUUCUCAUCGACAAUAUCGUUUUAUUUACCUCUGUUUGUGAUGGUGUUCACUUAUUAUCGCAUUUAUCGCGCAGCGACUAUUCAGACGCGAUCAUUGAAAAUCGGCACAAAGUCGAUAAUGCGUCCGAGUGGCGAGUUAGAGUUGACAUUACGAAUCCACCGCGGGGGCACGGUGCGCCAGCGCAGCGACGCCUGUCACGGCGUGUGCACGCCCGAGGAGGCGGACCAGGAGCCGCUCACGGCACUGCAGAACAACGGCCUGUCUCGCUCUUCCACGCGUCUCACGAACGUUGCCACUCAUGGAAAACAUUUGCCAAAAAACUUUUCUUUGUCACGUAAACUCGCCAAAUUUGCGAAAGAAAAGAAAGCAGCAAAAACUUUGGGAAUAGUGAUGGGAGUGUUUAUAGUGUGCUGGCUGCCAUUUUUCGUAGUGAACCUGCUAUCGGGGAUUUGCUCGGCGUGCAUCGCGCACGAGGAGAUGGUCAACAUGAUUGUGACGUGGCUAGGCUGGGUCAACUCUUCCAUGAACCCGGUCAUCUACGCCUGUUGGAGCAGAGAUUUUCGUAGGGCUUUCCUAAGGAUCCUGUGCGUCUGUUGCCCGCGCAAGCUACGACGGAAGUACCAACCGCAGCUGCGCUCCAAGCAGUCACAGUAUCCAGUGUCCACAAUGAUGUACUCGUCGGUGUCGCAGCACGAGAUGUGCCGGUUGUGACGGCAGGCGCGCGCGGGCACGUGCCGGCUGCCGCGCGCGCGCUGCUCCUGAUGCCGGGACCCGUUGGAGCCGCGCCCGCGCUCCAACAGACGCCACUCGAGGCACCACCCCGACUCGUUUCGCAUGAGAACCUUGGAACAUUCCUUCGAUAAUCCCAUACCGUGCUUCGACCGGCACGCGUGCCCGGACU